CUCUUUUCUUCUGUUUUUUUAAAGAAUGGUCAGGCCAGGCUGUCCAGUCAUUCUGCUCCACCUCUUCGGCAUCUUUGUGCAGUCAGGAGCUCAUACUUGGGAAAUCCUGUAUCCAUAUGGACCCAACCACAGGGAUCUAGAAACCCCAAAGAUGGAUGAUGGGAGUUCUCCUGAAAUUACUUUAAGCUCUAAUUUCGUUUUCUUCAAUGCACCAUAUCGUAUCAUCUAUAUCAACAACAAUGGUGUGAUCUCCUUCAACGUGCAGGUUAGCCAGUUCACACCGGAGGCUUUCCCUCUGAGCGACAGCAGAUCCUUCAUUGCUCCACUUUGGGCCGAUGUGCACAACGGCAUCCGAGGAGAUGUGUACUACCGAGAGACCACUGAGCCGGAAAUACUGGAAAGGGCUACACAAGAUAUUCGGAGAUACUUUAAAAAGAUGCCCACGUUUACAGCCACCUGGGCCUUUAUUACAACAUGGCACCAAGUCACCUUCUAUGGAGGAAGCCAGACAACCCCGGUGAACACAUUCCAAACUGUACUAAUCGCAGAUGGCGAGGCGUUCUUCACUAUGUUCAACUAUGGAGAAAUCUCAUGGAGCACAGGAACCGCCAGUGGUGGAGAUCCUUUAACGGGACUGGGUGGGACGACAGCUCAGUCAGGUUUUAACGGUGGAGACAUCGGUCACUUCUUCAACCUGCCGGGAUCUCGGUCAAACGACGUGGUGAACAUCGAACAGACGACCAAUGUGAACACGCCCGGGCGCUGGUUAUUCCGCGUCGACACUGAACUGAUCAAUCCUGCCAAUGGUUGCAGCUUUAAUGGGCGUUUUUACAGACGAGGGGAAGUCUUCUGGCUGUCGGACCAGUGUUCCCAGCGAUGCCGAUGCCUUGACAUUGACAACGAGGUGCAGUGCCAAGAGGCUCCAUGUGGGCAGCUGGAGACCUGCGAGCUGCAAGAAGGCGCCUUCUACUGCCAGCCGACCCGCACGAGCACCUGUGUGGUCUUCGGAGACCCUCAUUACCAUACCUUCGACGGCUUCCUCUAUCACUUCCAGGGAACCUGCUCCUACCUGCUGGCUCGGCCCUGCUGGGAGGUGACAGGGCUGCCUUUCUUCAGCGUGGAGGCCAAAAAUGAGAACCGUGGCAUGGCCUCGGUUUCUUGGCUUAGAGAUGUGACAGUGGAGGUGUACGGACACAGAGUCAUGUUACCCAAAGGCAGUGUUGGGGCAGUCCAGGUGGACGGCUUGAUGAAGACUUUGCCGGUCCAACUCGAGCUUGGUGCUAUCAAGGUAUACCAGUCCGGGGUUGCCAUUGCUUUAGAAACAGACUUUGGACUCUUGGUGACCUACGACGGCCAACACUAUGCAUCCAUCUCCCUACCGAGCUCCUACUUCAACAACACUUGUGGCCUUUGUGGUAACUAUAACGACGAUCCGUCCGAUGAUCCCGUGCUUCCCGACGGCUCGCUAGCAGAAAGCGUGGUGGAGUUAGGAGGCAGCUGGCGAGCAGAAGACACGGACUGGAGGUGUACAGAUGGUUGUGCUCAGAACUGCAGUGUGUGUGAUCCCGUUACAGAAGCCUUCUACUUUCGCCCAGACUACUGUGGACUCAUUAACAAAACCGAUGGACCUUUCAGGGACUGCCGAGCCGUAGUGGACCCUACCGCCUUUGUGUAUAGCUGUGUGUAUGACAUGUGCAGCAACCGGGAUAACAUCACCACACUUUGCCAGGCAAUCCAAGCCUAUGCUCUGGCUUGUCAGGCUCUUGGAGUCACCAUACGAUCCUGGAGAUCUCGUACCUUCUGUGCUUUGACUUGUCCAGAAAACAGCAACUACCAAGUGUGCACAAGUGCCUGCCCGGCGUCCUGCUCGGACCUCACCUCCCCCCUGCAUUGUGUCCACCCUUGCACCGAGGGCUGCCAGUGUGACCCAGGCCACAUUCUCAGCGGGAGUAGUUGUGUACAGCGCGAAGACUGUGGCUGUGAGCAUAACGGCCUCUAUUACCCCCUCAAUAACACUUUCUGGGUAGGUGCCAGCGGGGAAGAAGGUGAAUGUACCCUUCGUUGCACCUGCAGGCCAAAUGGGGAAGUUUCCUGCUUCAACUCGUCCUGCAAGGAGGGUGAGGUGUGUGUGGCCGAGGUGGGCUUGCUGGGUUGUUACCCGCGGAGGGAGGGAGUGUGCUCAAUCACCCAGAACUCAGUGACCACCUCCUUUGAUGGCACCUUCCUGCUGUUCCCAGAUGACAGCUCCUACUACCUGCUGAAGCUGUGCAGUCCGGUGCCAGCUAACGGCUCCAUGGUGGAGGUGAAGAUGGGCCGGCGGUUUGUGAACAAAGGCCCAACGUGGAAAAGACCUGUGGUAGUUACAGUGGCUAACCUGGAAGCUCAGAUGGGAGGGUCCGAUUUUGACAUAGUAAAGGUGAAUGGUGAACCAGUGACGCUCCCAUAUGUCCAUCCGAUGGAGACGAUGAUGAUCUACAAAGCGCCAGGCAACGCCACAGUGGUGGAGUCCCGUGGUCUGCUUCGUGUCCAGUACAAUCGCCAGGGAUUCCUCAACAUCUCCCUGUCCACCAUCUUCUACAACGCCACAUGUGGACUAUGUGGCGUCUUCAACAGCAACACCACCGACGACCUCCGCCUUCCCAACGGACGCCUGGCGGACUCUACUGAGCAGUUCACGGAGGGAUGGCGCUCCAUCGCCGAUGAUCUCACGUGUAACGGCGACUGCGACGAUCUUUAUCGAAUGUGCACGGACUUGCGUCUCUACCAGAAUCCGUGGAUGUGUGGCAACAUCAACGACCCGGGGAAUAGUUCAUUUCUGGCGUGUCACGCAGUGGUGAACCCCUCGCCAUUCUUCAGGAACUGCCUGUAUAACAUGUGUGUGAAGGAAGGGAACCGUUCAGUGCUGUGUUCGUCCCUGCAGGCGUACGCCAGCGCCUGUCAGGACGCUCAAGUAGGCCUCGCGUCCUGGAGGAGUGUCACCAACUGCCCUCUUCCCUGUCCACCGAACAGCCAUUUUGACGAGUGCACCAGCGCCUGCCCUUUGACCUGUGACAACCUCGACGACCCCGAGGAGCCGUGCCCUCUGCCCUGUCAGGAGGGCUGUCAGUGUGAGGAAGGAUUUGCUCUUCGAGAUGGCCUUUGCGUGGCGCGCAGUGAUUGCGGCUGCAUGAGCCACGGCCGAACGCUCGCCACGAAUCUGACCUUCUGGACGGACUGGGAAUGUCAGGAACGCUGCUACUGCAACGGCUCCGACAACAGCGUUUACUGUCAGCUCGCUCCCUGCAACCCCGAGGAAUACUGCCAGGAAGACGACGACCUGUACUUCUGCUUUCCCCGCACCGAAGCCCUGUGCGUGGCGGCGGGUUACGGACACUUCCUGCCGUUUGGUAGCGUCCCGUUUGACCUGCAGAGCUCUUGUACUCUCAAGAUGGCCACCACGGUGUGUGGGGGAGAAAACACGGGUCAGGAAACCAUCGGUGGGGCUUUUCCUCAGUUCAAACUGGCAGCUCGUAACGAGGAAAGAGACACAGGCCAGGCAAUCUGGGUGAGGGGCUUUGUACUGGAGGUCUACGAGUAUGAGAUUGAAGUGUCUCGGAGCUACAAAAACACUGUCACGGUGAAUAAGGAGCGUUUGUACCUGCCUCUGAAGCUCGGCCCGGGGAAGAUCCACAUCUUCUCGUGGGGCAUGCAGCUCAUUCUGGAGACAGAUUUCGGCCUGAAGGUGGCGUUUGACUGGAACACGUUGCUGCUGCUGACGUUACCCCGCGACCUCUUCAACUCCUCCUGUGGCCUCUGCCAGGGAAUGCCCUUAUCCCCCCCCACCCUCACCACCACCGACUGGGGCAUGGCGUGGGCCGAGAGGGACACCUUCUGCCAGGUGGGCUGCGGAGACUCGUGCCCUCGAUGUGGCCUCGGAGAAACCAGCUCGCUGAACGACGCUCCUCUCAUGGUGGCGGACGCAAACUUGGAUGCUGAAAACGCGGCGAAUGAAGUGGAAACUGGCAUUCGUUUCCACAUGGGAGACGGACUGUAUGUGUACGUGGAGCCCGAGGCUGUGAGGUUAUGCGGGCUGAUUGUGGAUCGAGGAGGUGUGUUUGCACGAUGCCACAGCAAGGUGGCGCCGGCGUUCUUCUAUCAGAGCUGCCUGCAGGACACCUGUCUGGACCAGGGGUCGCAGGAGACGGUGUGCAACUGGCUCGGGAUGUACGCCACCACGUGUCUGACACAAGGGGUUCCUGUGAGCGGCUGGAGGAGCGACACCCCCUGUGUUCAGAGCUGUCCCCCGAACAGCCAUUACUCCAGCUGUGUGUCGGUGUGCCCGCCGCAGUGCGCCCCCGCCCGCGGGCAGAGGGACUGCAGUCAUGAGUGUGUGGAGGGAUGUCAGUGCGACCCGGGUUACGUUCUAAACGGAAAGAGCUGCAUCCUGCCGCAGAACUGUGGCUGCUACACUGAUGGCAAGUACUAUGAGCCCAAACAGCUGUUUUGGAACACUGACUGUACCAAACGCUGCCAGUGCAUCGGACGAAACCUGAUCCAGUGCGACCCGCGGCGUUGUAAAGCUGAAGAAGAGUGUGCGCUACGUUACGGGGUUCGUGGAUGUUUCGCUCGACGUUCCCAACACUGCGUUGCCUCGGGAGGGGGGGUUUUCAGGACCUUCGACGGUGCUUCGCUCCGCCUCCCGGCCUCCUGCUCCUUCGUCCUUUCCACAAACUGUCACAAGCUGCCCGACCUCUCCUUCCAACUCAUCGCCAACUUUGAUAAGUGGAGCACGCCCAACCUCACCACCAUCUCCCACGUCUACCUCUACCUCAACGAGGAGAAUAUCCUCAUCUCUGGGAGCACGGUCAAGGUGAACGGUACCCCAAUUUCAGUCCCGUUUCUCACCGGGCUGAUGACGCGUCUGUCCACGUCCGAAGGUUUCCUCGUCAUCGACACGCCACAGGACAUCCAGAUCCGAUACAACCGCUUCAACACGCUGAGCAUCACGAUGGGCCAGCGGCUGCAGAACAAGGUGUGCGGACUCUGUGGAAACUUCAACGGAGACCCCGGUGACGACUACAUCACAUCCAGGGGGAAACCGGCCGUCAGCGCGCUGGAGCUCGCCCAGAGCUGGAAGACCAACGGUAUGCAGAACAGUUGUGAUGAGACCCAGUUCGUAGCUCUGGCUCAGUCCUGCGACAACACGGCGGUUCUGGCUCUGCAGAGCGAGGACGCCUGCCAGAAGCUGACCCAGCCGAAGGGAUUCUUCCAGCCGUGCCACGGGCUUCUGGACCCGAGACCCUUCUACCAGUCCUGCUACCUGGACGGCUGCUACAACCACCAGAAGGCCCAGGUGUGCGGCUCGCUGGCUGCCUACGCUGAGGCCUGCCGCUCCAUGGGGACCCUUACCACCAAGUGGAUCACCCAGGAGAACUGCUCAGAAUGGAUCUACGACCCCUGUGCAGGAGAGAUCUGCACAAACUUCACCUGCGAGCUGGAGAACGGAGGAGACCUGUGCGGCUGUCCGGAGUUACCCACAAGCACCGGCGGUGAUGAUGACAUCAUUCAGGCGGAGGUGACCUGUAAACACACUAAGAUGGAGGUCUCCAUCUCAAAGUGUAAGCUCUUCCAGUUGGGCUUCGAGCGGGAAGACGUCCGGAUCAACGACGAGCACUGCGGAGGCAUCGAGGGUGAAGACUUCAUCUCCUUCCACAUCAACAACACCAAGGGCCACUGCGGAUCCAUCGUACAGUCUAACGGGACCCACAUCAUGUAUAAGAACACGGUGUGGAUUGAGAGCGUGAACAACACGGGGAACGUGAUCACGAGAGACCGAACCAUCAACGUUGAGUUCUCCUGCGCCUACGAGCUGGACCUGAAGAUCUCCCUGGAGACCGUCCUCAAGCCCAUGCUCAGUGUGAUAAACCUGACGCUACCGACUCAGGAGGGGAACUUUGUCACGAAGAUGGCUCUGUAUAAGAACUCUUCGUACAGAAACCCCUACAGAGAGGGUGAAGUGGUGCUCAGCACGCGGGACAUCCUCUUCGUCGGAGUCUUCGUCGAGGGAGCCGACGAGAACCAGCUUAUCCUCAUCGUCAACAUGUGCUGGGCGACGCCGUCACGAUACAGCAGCGACCGCCUGCGCUACAUCAUCAUCGAGAGAGGGUGUCCGAACAUCAAGGACAACACCAUCGGGAUGGCAGAAAACGGCGUGUCGUUGACUUGCCGUUUCCACGUCACCGUCUUCAAAUUCAUCGGAGAUUACGACGAGGUUCAUCUCCACUGCGACGUCACGCUGUGCGACUCGGAAACUAGCGCCUGCAAAGUGAACUGUCCUCACAAAAGAAGGAUGUACUCAGAGGAAGGUAACCAUCAAGAGCACAUUCUGAGUGUGGGGCCCAUCAGAAGGAGAGAGUCAGAUUGGUGUGAGUUUGGAAACGGCGGCUGUGAGCAGAUCUGCAGCAGCAAGUCGAGCGGACCUGUCUGCAGCUGCGUGACCGGCAUGCUGCAGAGAGACGGGAAGAGCUGCCGGACGGUGAGCUCCAGCUGUAACCUCACACCUGUGCUUCCUCUGCUGAGCGUCAGCGCUGUGUUUCUCUCUCUGCUCUCAUAACACCUGCCAGCAAAGGAAAAGAAGCAAAACACAGAAAAAGACUUGAAGAUGCACAAAGUUUAUCAGCAAGGAUUAAUGUUGGAUUGCGUUACAGUCAGAAAAAUAGACUGAAAUGCACAUUUCUAUGAGGAAAAGUGAGUUAUUUUACUUGGCAUAAUUGUAUAAUAUUCCCCACAUAUAUCAGGACAUCUCACUCUGUUACCCUCGAUGUAAAGCCACUGAUCAUUAUUAAUGUGAUUAUCUUUCAAAUUACUUUGAAUGCAUUCAAGUCUGUUUCUUCUUUACACCGCCACAAGAUGGAGCCAACGUGUGACUGUUAUAGGUAUUUUUAAUGUCAAUGAAAUGCAAAAUAUGGGCCCCAAUUUCCAGGGCUCCACAGCCACUGCUAUUAACACACCCUGAUUUACAUUAGAUCUUAAUAUUGAUUACUAAGAGUUGUAGGUAGCAGCUGUUAUAUUGAUAUUUGGUAUCUACACCUUUCUGUCUCUGUCUUAACACUCAAUAAUUAAUUAAGUCCACAUCAAACCUCGGUAUAGUGUAAUACCAUAUCUUGAAACUUACCGUUUAUCAAUUAGCUGUUUAAUUUAUUCACAGAAUUUUCAUUUUUGGACAUCAAUCAAUACUUUUGUUUAAUUUUACUCGCCGUACAAAAGAAGAAAUAUGAACAUUUAGCAUGAUACGCCCAGGAUUUGUUGGCAUCCAGUUAGCAUAACAUUAGCUAUGUUACUUCUGUCUGUUCGGUGUCCUGUAUCCCCAUUUGUUAACUUGACAUUGGCCUCCAAAUAUUUAAUAUGUUAACGUUCACGUCACGUAUAGGAACCCAGAAUGCAUUGUGGUUAACAUUCCCUGCAGGCAAACAGGAAUCGAGCGAGUAAACAACUUUUCCCAACCUUUAUCCGAGUUUCAGACUUUUAAAAAUCAAAUAAAAGAGGCUGAAGAUACUGUAAUACUUUUAUCUGGGAAGUCAAGGAGGAGUAAAUGAAUGAAAUAUUUAUGUGUGAGGAGAAAUACAUACUCUAAAUAAGUUUUUAACUCAUUAUUUGUUCUCGUAGUGCCCAGGCUGUAAGAUAUGCAAUCAGUUGUAUUUUAAUCGAUAUAAUAGCUAUACUGUCAAUAGCGUGAUGUUCUCCUGGUUCAUGUUGUCCAUUUGGCAUCUUAUGCGUUUUAAAUGUGGAUAAAUGUAAUGAAAUGUUGGGUUAGUUACAGUCAGUAAGUUUUGUUAUAGGUAGGCCUGUUUUAUUACCUUCUAUGUACAAAUGUACAGUCUGUCAGUGUGGUGCUUUAUGUCAUGACUUUUAUUUUUUAUUUCAGAGUCUUUUUGGGUUUUAAAACGUGACCGAAAGCCUUUUUUUUCCUUUGAGAGCAGCAC